UCCACUGCAAACUGGUGUAGCAAUGGGCUUAAAGUGUUGAAUACAUUUUGAAUACAGGCAUUAUAAAGAAUAAUUUAUUUUGUUGCAGGUCUCUUAACUUGAGAUCAUUUCAUCAGUUUCUCUGUGGAUUUAAAAACCUUGUAGUGCGCGUGCGCCGUAACGUAUACGAGCUAUCGCAACAUGGAUUCAGAGGAGGAUCCAGCAAAUGUAAACAGAACCCCUGCAGAGAUUCCCCGCCUGCAGGAUGGACAACAUAAUUUAGAGGCUUCCAGACAACUCACAGAUGCUCAAGAUGUUGGGAUACCAUUAAGUAACAUGCAUGACAAAUCUGAGACCUUUAAACUACUAGAUUUUCAAGACAGCCAGAUGUCGCCUGCUCUAGCCCUGCUGCCCUCCUUGGACAAAUCUCUUCCUUUUUCCGAUUCCACAUUUUUUCAGCAUACAGAUGCUGAAUUUGUCGCCCUGAGGGGAUUUCCGGAUCUGUCCGUUAUCUCUGAGAGGUGCCCAAGAAUGAACUCACAUGUAGGUGUAGCUGAUGAUUACCAUCCCCAAGAGACUAUUCGUGAGCAGGCUUCGCUAUCCCAGCAUCCUUUGGAUGUGCUUCCAGCUCUGUCGGAAGCUGAAAUUAGCUGCUGUUCGCUUUCCCAGCACAGCCUCUCACCUGGAGACCAUUACAAAAUCAAGGAAGAAGAGAGGGUUUCAUUUGAAGCUGAAAACAAAAUUGACAGACAAAUGGAAGGAGAAGAGCAGAGUGCCUCUCAGCAGCUUGCAGGAGUGUCUGCUGUUAAUAUCAAUAGUGCAUUUGCCUCUGAGACUCCCCUCGAUCAUCCUGAACCUACAUCAGACCAGCCAAACACAUCCUCCAUGAAUAUUCAAACAGGCCUUUUGGCCGGACCUGGCAGUGCUGUUGAACAUGAAUUACAGUCUGUUCUGUCAAGCAGCAGAGAGCAGCCACAAGGGGGAUCAUCAUCUUUAUUUCAGAGUUCAGCUGUGUCAAACAUUACUGUCCGGGAUUCUCGGGGACAUUCACAUCAAACAGCUGACCGUCUUCGGGAUCAACUGUAUAAGGGACAGGUAGGCUCAAUCUCUGAACCAGGAAGUAGACACCAUAAUGGGAACAGAAGCUCUCAUAGUGGGCUGUUUGUUACACCGGCCGGUGCAGGUGGAAUGCAUAUCCCAGGCCUGCAGAGAUUGGUUUGGAGUGCGGGUAAUGCAACGGCGUCAGACGGGUCAUUCUUGAGCACCCAUCCAGUGUCUCAGUCCACCCCUGCAGUGCCCCUUGUGAAACCCCCACCAGCAUUGACCAAACUUUCACUUGUACAUUCCCAGGAAGAUGGUGUUGCCUCUGCUGCUGCAUCAUUCCAAAACAGUCAUUCCAAAACAGGAUUAAUUUCUUCAUUGGAUCUGAGUGUUUUGGAUCAACAUUCCUUUCACACCGGUGCUAAAUCAACAGUUACAGUCCCUAGCAAACCUUCAACGGCCUCACAAACGACCCCGACAGAGUCCCAAACACAUACCAUCUCUAAACAACAAGGAUCUUCACCCGCCCCUGAUGUGCCAAGCUCAGACAGCCAAUCCUUUUACACUGGUACAAAGAUGAAAGGUCAUGUUUCUCAUUUAGCUCUUGGAAGAGUACAGUCUCUUCCCAGCCUAAGCUACUUACAAAAAGUAGAUGCUUGGACAGCCAAUCAAACUUCCAGCAGAUCAUUUUAUGAUAAUUUGGCUCUGAAGGCAUUCGAUGAUGUUUCACUCAAGAACAAAUCACAGGAUUCAGUAUCUGGGGCACUGAAACUUUCUCAAGACGUGCGUCAGCUUCAGUUGACUCAGGCACCUGUUUCGGCCUCUUUCUCUGGAAGUGGCUCGCCCCGUCGGGUGGAUGUCAUUGGGGCGGGUGUGCUUAGAGGUCAAGCGUCUGAGUCACCUGUCAAUCACUCUCACUCCUCGCUGAACUCUGUGGUAACCUCUAUUCAGAGAGACACGGGUUCACAUAGAGUAUUAGCACAAACUGAUGACAUCAUUCCAGUACUUUUAGGAAAGAAUAAUAGGUCAGCUGCGUUACAGGAUAAAAGCACUGUCAAGCCCUCCCCUCUCGCCAGUCUUGGUCGCUUCAGUGACGUCUCAUCGAGCUUCAACAUGAGCAGCACUCUUUCUAGCUCUCACGGCAGUUACCAUGGCGAGCAGAGUAUGCGGGCAUCAGUAGGAGCUGGUUCUUCUGUAAUGAGUCUUGAGGUAGACAAUUAUGCACCAUACUGGACUUCCAGACCUACAUCUCCCCCUCAGUCGAGAGAGCUCAACAUUGAAGACAGGAUUCCUUUGUACCUGCUGAAUUUAGGAAUCGACCAAUCACCUUCAACAAUCUUAAAUCCAUUUACGCUUCGGGGGCCAAUCAGAGAACCUGAAUUCUCUCCAACUGACCUAUGCACCAUCAAAGGAUCCAUCGGAACGCCAACAAAAAGCACACAGCCAUCUGAAGUUGACACUCCUCAGAAUGAGGCAUUCUCCAGUUCCAGUCAACUCUCAGCUGACUCCAGCGCUUCUGUCUCAUACCACCUGUCUGUGCAUCAGCAAGACCAAGCAAUCGGUCAGCAAAGUGGUGGGACGAUAUUGAGUCAACCCGAUACUCCACCAAGACAUCAUUCAAUAUUACAUCCUUCAUCAAACUUACAACACUCUGACACCCCUCCAAGUGAAGGUAGCUUUGGCCCCUCAAGCGAGCUCAGUCCAGAUUCUGUGGCUCCUGCUGUGCCCAGAGAGGAAGUGAAGGAGGAUGAUCCUUUUGUGGGCUCUGGCACACUGCAUGAAAUCAGGCGUUUGCUGGGCCGAGCAGAAAGCCUUGUCUCGGGCAGAUCUUCUCUGACGUCCUCUCCCGGGUCCCACCGCCUCUCGGAGAGCGACACCUCCCUUGUUUCUCUAGGCCGAAACACUCAGGGUUGUCAUGACGGCAGAUCUCUCUCAGCUAGUGGUAACUUUUCCCUACUGUUGACCCGCUCUUCAUCCGACUCGGCUUUAAAAGCAAGCUCUGCUUCCUCUCAGGGAGCACAUCAACCAUCCACACAGACCGACUUUACAAGUAAACCUGAUGCCCUCUCGCUCAGCAGAGAUGAAAGUUUAAAGUCACGUGACCUCUGUGUGACCCCAAGACGGGCUGAACCUGAAGGAUGCAGUGCUGCUGACCCAGAUAAAGCGAAGCAAACUGCAGCUCGGUUGACCGUGCAGUCGAAUGUUCCAUUAAUGACAGGAAACUUUUCUUACAACCAGGAUGACACUGAGAAUGCUGUGGUUGGCUCCUCUGGGUAUAGUCCAUCCCAUGCAUCAGCCGAUGCUGAAAGUCUGAGUGACAGCAGCAGCGAGAAUUCAUUGGCUGCAAGAGUUGGCAAGUUACUGCAGAGUGAGUCACCUGUUUCUAUGGUAACAAGCCGGCCAAGCACUGCUGACCCAGAGGAUAGGCUUGCCCGAGAAUGGAUCCUAUUGAAGGUUUCUGGCCGCCACUGUGAAAGUUUAGAGCUAAACCCAGAAGACAGAAAGAGAAUUGAAGACAUCAAAAGAGAGCUUCUACUGAACACCCAACACACCAAGUGGAGCUCAGAUUCAGAGGGAAGUGCCCCGUCCGGUGUUGGUGCUGGAUCUCAGCCUGGGAAAGAUUUUGUUGGCAUGCCCAGUAUGGAUAGUCAUGUCUCAGAUGCGCGACAGAAAACCACUCAGAAACCUUUGGAUUCCAAUGUUCUACUCUACACCCCUGAACAACGGGAUCUGGAAGCCAGAGUUCACCAGAUUGCUCUCCGGGAGGGGUUCAGCCCACCAACUAUAACUUCUAUUUCUAUAGCAACCACUCGACAUAGUCCAUCUCCACAGUUGCCUUCAGAUUGCUCUCUUACUGGUACCGUGGAACUGGGUAAUGUUGAUGCCAGGCUAGACAUGUUACAGCUCAAUGGUCACCACAAAGGAACAGAUACCAAUCCUGAGGUAUUUUAUCCACAACUGAGACAUCAACCGGGUGUAAUCCCAAAUGCAUUUGACAGAGAGGAACAAACGGAGGGUGAGAGCAAAUCAAAAGGGGAUAAUGAAGAAAUUAUAGCUGAAGAUAACGAAGAAAAUACUGUCAAGAAUGACUCUCACAUUGUCCAAGAAAUGUCUGAUGUGGAUUAUAAUAUCACAGGCAGAAACCAGAUUAUGUCCGGUGUUGCUUCAGACACGGCUCCUGAUAAUAAAUCCCACCUCUCUCACAUACACGUCACUUUAUCCCCCAAACCAAAACACCAGUCUCAUUCUGUCGAAUAUCACUCAAGCAGGUUGUCCAGUCAGAACAGCUUCAAAGAUGUCCCACUCGCUAGAGAGUCCCCCUUAAUUACAAGCACUGGAACUGAACAACAGCAGUUCAAUUUAAUAUCACAUCAAGCCAGGUCAUUUGAGCACAAUGAACAGUUUCAAAUCCAAAAUAAAGUCAAUCCAAACCUACAGUCCAGAUAUCCUCAGGCCUUUACAUCAACUCAAAAAAUGGCAGGGACGUCCAGAACUCUCGCUGUCCAAGCAGCAGCUGUCCGUACACUGUUGCCUUACAAACCGCAUGGUAGCUCCGAGCUGUUCUAUGUCCCGCAGGCUGAUCCAGAGCUUUCUCAUGAUCGCUCUGACACAACUGUGGAAAGCUCCCAUUCGGGAUCCGAUGAUGCUGUGCCACCGCGCUUCAAUAAACACAUUUUGGGUUCCAGAGAGUUAGAAGACAACCCAGUUAUGCCAAAGCACAAGGAAGGCAUCUACAGUAAGAGAGCCAGUGAACCAAUAGAUUCAUCCAGUGCGUCUAGGAGGACUUUUAAAGAAUCUACCGGCCGAUAUAACAGUACUGCUCCUCAAACAUCUUAUGUCUCAGUGAAGGACGUGGGUGAUGAAGAUCAUUUUGUCCCCUUGUACAUGGAGGAAGAUUACAGCACAGAUGAUUUGCACCUUCAUAACAGGACCAUGCAGGAGCCGAAAUUACCCCUAGAACCACAGCAUGUACCUUCUCAACCAAUCAGAAGGUCUGGAUUAAACAAGAACAGGCAGGACAGAACGCCGCAUGAUGUUAGUGUAGAGAUUAGCAGUUCUUUAGACCAACUCUGGCGUCGCUUCAAUGAGAAAUGGAGCGUGGAAGAUACCCAACCCACUAAUGAGGGGGAUACGUCUUUGCUUGAUAGACUAGAGCGUCUGUCUCGUCUCAUUCACAGUACCACUCCAACAAACAAAACUGUCAAACAACCAGACCGCACCAAUAGAAUUCGUGAAAAAAGGGGAGAUAAGGAGGAGGGAACAAGAACUGAGGAAGGUGUGGAGAGAGAAAGAGUGGCUCCACGACAAGUAUGGGCUGAGCAUGAAGACAACCCUCAGAAUGUGCAGCGUUGUCCUGCUGAGAGAGAUGAGUCUUCAAGUGUGUCCAUGGAAACGAGCAGUACCAUGUCCACUAUUGACACAGAGCGACUGGUUCGAGCUUUCGGACAUCACCGUGUCACAAGCAAAGGACUGAAAAACAGUAACAGUUUGCUCAGACUUAAUACCAUCAAUAAACAAAAAACAAGCAGGAGGAAACCAGGUACAAAACAUGCUGCAGUGUCUACUGAUGCAGACAACAUCAGCACAGAUGACUCCACAGUAACUCCUGAUUAUUUGUCAUCUUCAAGCACUCUCUCGAUGAAUUCUCAAAGUGUCACUACCAAGAGAUCAAAGGUCAAACUGCACAGCAAAAGCGUACAAGCAGGUGAUUUGGAGAUUGUGAUAAAUGGCACACGCAGACACACUCGGGAUGUAGGCACCAUCUUUCCCUCUCCUGGUGCUUCCAGGAAUGACCGUACACCAAACACACACAACAAUGGUGUUCAGGGGGUUCCUGUUCCCACUGCGUCCUCAACUAAUUCCAUUCAAUCCCAUUCAGUUCUGAAGAGAGACUCCAGCAACAAGAGCAUCCAGACCCGUUACCCUAAUGGUUUGUCAUGGUUUGUCACAACGGAUGAGUUGAAGUCUGAUGGGCGUAAGGAAAACCAGCCACAGAGUGAAGCAGAGCCUUGCCGGAGUCAGGCCUGGUUUGAGCCUCAUAGUAAGACCCAACCCGGUAGAGAACCAGCUAGGAAAGCUAUAAGAGAACCGCUUAGAGAGAGACAGAUCCAGGAGGAGCAAGAGAAACCAAGAGAAUCUAGAACAGCUGUAGGGAGUGAUGGCAGUGACAGGCUCUCAGCUCUUGUUCGGCUGUCACUGCAGGAAGCUCUAGAGCUCCAUAGACCGGAGUUUGUGUCUAGAUCACGAGAACGAAUGAAGCGGCUGGAGUUACUGGUUGAGGAGAGGAGGUUACAGACUGUCUUCAACAGAGAAAGAGAAGAGCUCUUCAACUGCCCAGCACCAUCACUUCAACUUAUUCAAGCUGCGGUGCCCCGAAAGCGAGUUGUUCCGAGGAGAGAGAUGGUCCAGCGAUCCAAACAUUGGAUAGGGAAGAAAAAUCACACUCAGAUAAUAGGCAGGACAGAUAGACUCAGGAGGAAAUAUGCUCAACUUCCGGAAAUCCGAAAAAGGAGGGAGGAGGAGAAAAGACAAGCAGAGCACAGCUCCUAUCGCCUUAAUGCUCAACUCUUUAACAAGAAAGUCACCAAUCAUGUGUUGGGGAGGAGAGCACCCUGGCAGUGACCUCAUCUGAAAUCUGCUGUCAGUCAGACAGUGGUUCAUAUGGGCUGAUAUUUUAAAUGAUUUAUGUGUGGAUAUGAAUUCUGAUUUCAGGUGUAAGAAUAUAUUUAAAAUAGUUGUGGUUCUCUGUAUUUGAGUUGCAGUGUUAAAUUAUUUUAUUAUGACAGUUUUGAUUUUAUGUAGUUGAAAAAUUAAGACUUUUAUUAUGUCUGUUUUGUUACAUUUUUGUAAUUUUUUAUAAAGGAAAUAAAUAAGAAGGCAUUUGUAACAAUG